CUUUCUCCAAGAACAAACUCGGAUGUUUACCAAGAAAGAUCCUCUGGAUAUCGUUGCUCGGCGUCUAAAAAAGCAGCAGCAUCUCAUUUUCAGAUUCAGACUACAAAAAAUGGCUCACUCGUUUGGAAAAAGGAGCCAUGUAUUCAUUAUGCAAUAGCAAUGGUGCUGUUAUAGCUGGUUUAACGUUUUGACAAUGACCGAGCGAUGGAUUUGCAACGUGAUUUCAGGAAAAGUUAUAAAUACACAGACAUUAGUAUUGGAUUCUAUAAACGGCUCUGGAUUUCGAGAUUUUUUGCAGGUGAUUAGUUGAUUUUGUGUGUGCUCCAUUUUGCGUUGUACUGAAGGAUGAACUCUAAGGAGCCAGGUCAAGGAGAGUUCGAUUCAAACAGGAGAUAUUCAAGAAUAGAAGUCAAUUACCGAUCCGUGAAUGAGGUAAAAGCAGCUCUUCGGCGAGCUGGACUAGAGUCCUCUAAUCUCAUUGUGGGAAUUGAUUUCACGAAGAGCAAUGAGUGGACAGGUUCAAGGUCGUUUAAUGGUUAUAGUUUACACCACAUUGGGAAUGGGCAGAAUCCAUAUGAACAAGCCAUAUCUAUUAUGGGGCAGACCUUAUCAGCUUUUGAUGAGGGCAACAUGAUUCCCUGUUAUGGAUUUGGAGAUCUAACUACCCAUGAUCAUGAUGUUUUUAGCUUUUAUGACGAUGAUAGACCCUGUGACGGAUUUGAGGAAGUUUUGCAUGGUUAUAGAGACAUAGUUACCAAGUUACGAUUUACAGGACCUACAUCUUUUGCACCAAUAAUUGAGAUGGCCAUGACAAUAGUUGAGCAAACUGGUGGUCAGUACCAUAUUUUGCUGAUAAUUGCCGACGGGCAAGUCACAAGAAGUGCUUACACACAUAACAGUCAACUAAGUGUACAAGAACAAAAGAGCGUCGAUGCGAUUGUAAAGGCGAGUGAGUACCCCUUGUCAAUAAUCUUGGUCAGAGUCGGAGACGGGCCUUGGGACACGAUGAAGAAUUUUGAUGAUAACAUCCCAGCUCGAGCUUUUGAUAAUUUUCAGUUUGUCAAUUUCACUGAGAUUAUGUCAAGAAAUGUAGACUUUAACAGAAGGCAGGCUGAAUUUGCUCUUGCUGCCUUGAUGAAAAUACCUUCUCAAUUUCAGGCUACUGUAGAGCUUGGCCUGUUGGGUCGACGACGAGGGAGCUCGCCAAAGAGACUUCCUCUUCUUCCUCCUUUGUACAUCUACCCAAGAUCCCCACGCGCCAACGGUUCACAUACCAGAACGCCUUCAAAUGGUAGACAUAACCAAGGAGUUGGCAACACUCCAUCCUCAAGCUCUCCCAACCAGAUUCUUCACCAAUUCUUCUCCAUUCUAUUGAGUAGACAUGUUGCAACUGCGGAGAAACUUUCUACUUGUGCCCCACCUGCCGAGGCCUUAAUUGACUCCUGCAAUGGACCAGGUCUCCUUAAGCAAGGUACAAUGGGAAGGUACGGAACUACGGAUUACUGUAUUGGUUUCUGGGUUGUUAUACAUCUUUUGACUUGUUUAUUAUCAACUAAGCAAACGUUCUUUCCUUCAAUAAAAUUAUCUAUCUGGACAUUGCACUUUGUUUCUUAAAUGUACAUUGUUUAU